CAGCUUGGCUACCUGACUAGGGUAGAAGUGACCUCAGUGUUGCCAAAAUCACCAUUCACGUGCGGAAUGUUGAGCGGUGUGGGGCUUAGGAGAGCCCCUUUGCCUCUUCCCUGUCCUAAGAGGCUCACCCAGGCACUCAGACAGGUUCAGCUUUCCAACGCUCAGUAACAGAAAGCCCAAAGCAUUUAUUAGCGUCUGAGCAAAAAUGAGACAUAAGUAGUCUUUGGCCAGUAGACAAAUGGCCUGAGAUAGCAGCCGUGGAAACUGAGUCUCCUGAGUCACAGCUGUUGUUGUUUUAUGUCUGUGGGUGUUUUGCCCGCAUGCAUGUCUGUGCACCGUAUGCAUGCAGUUGCCCUCAGGGCAAAAGAGGGCAUCCUAUCUCCUGAGACUGUAGUUCCAGACAGUUAGGAACUGCCAUGGGAGUGCUGGGAAUUGACUCCCAAGUGCUCCUUAACUGCUGGGCCAUUUCUCCAGCCCUCACAGUGGUUGUUUUUUUUUAUAGUUUUUAAUGGUAGAAAAUACUUGUAAUAGCAUAGGCACCCCAUCCCCCUACAUCAUAUCGAGCAGUCCUUAGGCUGUCAGGGGCUUCUAGAGGAAAGGCCAGGAAAACGGGUAUCUCACUUAGUGUGUUUGGCAAGUCUCCAACGUGAGAUUGUGGUAGAUAUUUUUAUACCAUUGAUUAAAAACAUUGUUCUACCUUAUGUUAAAAACAAUGUGACCAGGGUGGGAAACAGGAAAAAAACAAAACAAAAAACCAACUCAUUAAAACAAUGUAAGCACCAUCUGCAAACAGGAUUAACAUGCCAUGAAGGCUUAAACUGUGUUCAUUCAGAAUAGAUUAAUGUAGAACUCAUUGUAAAUUCUCUCCCACCCUAGUAAAAUCAGCCUACCUUUGAAUAAGCUCCAUAACUAUCUGUGUUCUAUAUAAUAAAAGUACCUUGAUUCAGCUUAGCUUUGCCAUUUUUAUUAAAAUGUUUCUGUGCAUGGAGGAAUCUCCAUUAUUUAUAACUUAAAAAGACAAAAACCAUAUGUUUAAGCUCAAGUAACAUUCUGAUGUGUUAUUGAGAGUAAAUACUAAACCAUGCCACAUCCUUUCAUCUAUUCAUUGUCAAAUCAUCAUGCUGAAAGUCCUGGGAUAAUUGCUGGAGUUGGACAGGGGGAAUGUGUGACGCACAGGAUAUUAGCUGCAUUGUUCCCAAAGUUCCCUGAAAACUCUGAUGCAGGCUGUUCCUGGAACUCUGUCACGCACAUGGGUAUGGCGAUUUCUUCUUACUGGCCCUGCGCUCAUGGUAAUGAAGCCUCCAGAAGUUGGUCUGGACAGCCCAUCAGAGCUCUGCUCUUGCUUAACACAGCCCGAGUGUGCCACCAAAACCACCAGGACAUUAAACGGGUCAGAAGAUGUCCAUGAUUACACAGUGAGCAGCUGUACUACAGAAACUGAUCGUAUAACCUGGUCUUCUGUUUUCAAACUUCAACAAGACGUCAAGGAACUGCGGAGUUCUUUUCUGGUGCUCUUACAAAGCCAUCAGGACGAGUACCAGAACUGCCUCUCUGACAUAAUGGCUGCUGUGCAGGGGGAACAGGCGAGCAGCGAGGCUCUUCGAGCUUGUCAGUCAGAGGCUGCAUGUCUACAGCGGUGCUUGCAGGAGCUGGAUUCACGCUUCCGCCUGGAACAGCAGAGGAGGAGAACCCUCCAUAACAGCCUGGUGGAGCUGAAAGGAAACAUCCGAGUCCACUGUCGCAUCCGCCCCUUUCUGUCAUUUGAUAAAGAGUUGGAUGGUUCGGCUUCACAGAACUGCAACACCCCUGGAGAAGUGGCCCAUGCUGUUGAUGAUGAAACCGUCCUGGUGAGGUGUGCUCUUCCUGGCCGCCCUCCCGCUGAGAAGACGUACAGUUUUGAAAGAGUGUAUGGCCCAGCAGAAUCUCAGGCAACCGUGUUUGGAGAUCUACGUCCCCUCCUCAUAUCCCUUUUGGAUGGGUACAAUGUGUGCAUUAUGGCAUAUGGACAGACCGGAAGUGGGAAAAGCUACACCAUGUUGGGGCCCCACUCUGAAGGUGACUCUGCACUGCUGUCAGAUGCUCUUGAAGACUUGGGGAUCAUCCCCAGAGCAGCCGAGGAACUCUUCAGGCUCAUUUCAGAAAACCCUUCAAGAAGUCCCAAGGUUGAUGUCUCCAUCGUAGAAAUUUAUAAUAACAACAUUUUUGACCUUCUGGCCAAAGACAGUUCUACAGCGAUGUCCGGGUCUAAGUGCCAGACGGUGACAACCCAGGAGGGACGUUCAGAGGUACCCAAGCUGACCUGCAGGGCCGUCGCCAGUGCUGUGGAGUUUGUGGGGCUCAUCCACAGAGGGAUACAGCUCAGAGUGCAGCACCCCACCCUGGUUCACAAGAACUCUUCCAGGUCUCACUUGAUUGUCACAGCAACUCUGACCACAGCUUCCUCCCUGGGCAGCACUGCCCCACAGUCCAGCCAAGCUUCCCUCCAGAAGAAAGCAGGAGCAGGGAACCGGUGGACCACCUCUCCCCGGGCUUCCUCUCCGCACACCGUUCCAGUGGACUCUGCAGACCAUUCCGGGCAGGUGCUGGCCAGGCUGCAGCUUGUGGACUUGGCCGGCAGUGAGUGUGCAGCAGUGUCUGGGGUGACCGGUGUGGCACUGAAGGAGACCUCCUUCAUCAACCGGAGUCUGGCCGCCCUCGCAGACGUCCUCGGAGCCCUGUCAGAGCGCUGCGACCACAUCCCAUAUCGGAACAGCAAGCUCACCCACCUGCUCCAAGAUUCCAUCGGCGGUGAUGCUAAGUUACUGAUGAUCCUGUGUGUGUCCCCUGGGCAGAAGCACGUGGCCGAGACUCUGCGGGCCCUAAAAUUUGGGGCGCGAGCUCGGCAGGUUGAGCGACGACCAUCCAGAAGGAGACCUCCCAGCUCCCAGAUGCAGAAGCCAGGGCUGGGCCUGGCGGGGUCACCAACUCUUCUUUGAGAUGUGCUUCUUGUCAUUGCUUUAGGAUGUGCGUGCUUCAGAAAUAAACAGUGUUCUCUUGGCCUCGA